AUGUCCUGGUUCCAAAAAAAUUUCACCCUCCCCUCCAGAUCGCGCGGUUCCUACCUCAUAACCGACCACAUCCUGGGCGAACUUCCCGAGAUAAAAAACUACAAAGUCGGCCUCUUGACCCUCUUCGUCCAGCACACGAGCUGCGCCUUAUCGCUAAAUGAGAACUGGGAUGAAGACGUCCGCGAUGACAUGAGUGAUGCUCUGGACAGGAUUGUACCGGUUGACAGGAAGGGAACAUUGUAUAGACACUCUGCUGAGGGGGAGGAUGAUAUGCCUGCACAUGUCAAGUCAGCCCUCAUUGGCGCUUCGGUUACUAUUCCCAUCUCCAACGGUCGGCUGGCUACCGGUACCUGGCAGGGGAUUUGGUUUUUGGAGUUCCGCACAAGUAGGCACAGUCGGAGAGUCGUUGCUACCAUUCAAGGAGAGAAAGCCUGA